CUGGGCCGAUAGGAUUGCCAAGCAACCGAAAGGAGAUGAAGGUUUUACCUGCCUCCGGCUUCGCUGUCCUUGUCACAGCGCUAAAGUUUGCCACCGCGACCCCCUCCCCAUUUGCAGCCACCCCUAGGACCUUCGGGAGCAGCUACCACCUCGCACAGGAAUAUCUUGACAAGUAUUACACACAGAGAGGAGGCCCCCAGGCUGGUGAGAUGGUGGUAAGAGGAGGCAAGCCCAUGGUCAGGAAGAUUAAGGAGCUGCAAUCUUUCUUCGGCCUCCGCGUCACUGGGAAGUUGGACCAGAACACAGUGAACGUGAUCAAGAGGCCUCGCUGUGGAGUUCCUGAUGUGGCCAACUACCGCCUCUUCCCAGGUGAACCCAAAUGGAAAAAAAAUAUUUUGACAUACAGAGUCUCUAAGUACACACCUUCCAUGAGUCCUGCUGAGGUGGACAAGUCCAUAGAGAUGGCCCUGCGUGCCUGGAGUACCGCGGUCCCUCUGAACUUCAUCAGAAUAAACUCUGGGGAAGCAGAUAUCAUGAUAUCUUUUGAAACCGGAGAUCACGGGGAUUCCUACCCAUUUGAUGGGCCUCGAGGGACUCUGGCCCAUGCAUUUGCACCUGGAGAAGGCCUGGGAGGAGACACACAUUUCGACAAUGCUGAGAAGUGGACUAUGGGAAUGAAUGGGUUCAACUUAUUCACCGUCGCUGCUCAUGAGUUUGGCCAUGCUCUGGGCCUGGGCCACUCCACAGACCCGUCAGCACUGAUGUACCCAACUUACAAGUACCAGAACCCGUAUAGGUUUCAUCUCCCCAAGGACGACGUGAAAGGGAUCCAAGCAUUAUACGGACCCCGGAAGACAUUCCCAGGAAAACCCACUGUGCCCCAUAUUCCGCCUCACAAGCCGUCCAUCCCCGACCUCUGCGACUCCAGCUCAUCCUUUGAUGCAGUGACGAUGCUGGGAAAGGAACUUCUGCUCUUCAAGGAUAGGAUUUUCUGGAGAAGGCAGGUGCACUUGGCAGCAGGGAUCCGGCCCAGCACCAUCACCAGCUCCUUCCCUCAGCUCAUGUCCAACGUGGAUGCAGCUUACGAAGUGGCUGAGCGGGGCAUUGCUUUCUUCUUCAAAGGUCCCCACUACUGGAUCACACGAGGAUUCCAGAUGCAAGGUCCUCCCCGGACAAUUUAUGACUUUGGGUUCCCAAGGCAUGUGCAGCGAAUAGAUGCUGCGGUCUACCUCAAGAAGCCUCAGAAGACGCUUUUCUUUGUGGGAGAGGAAUACUACAGCUAUGAUGAAAGAAAAAAGAAAAUGGAAAAAGACUAUCCAAAGAACACUGAAGAAGAAUUUUCAGGAGUGAGUGGGCAGGUAGAUGCCGCUGUGGAAUUAAAUGGCUACAUUUACUUCUUUUCAGGACCCAAAACAUUCAAGUAUGACACAGAGAAGGAAGACGUGGUCAGUGUGGUAAAAUCCAGCUCCUGGGUUGGUUGCUAAAUCCACAGGGUUAGUCUCUCCACAGGGAUGAAGACCAUUGUGAGCAACUGAUGACUGGACUUGAGGGGCUAGGCAGAUAGCCCGGGACGCUCUUCCUGGCCUUCAGUCGGGAGGGUUCCUUGAAAAUAAUAACAAUUCCAUUGUUUUCCUAAUUAUUCUUUCACAAGGAUUGUCCAAAUAAGAAAGUAAGCCACCUUACUCAGAAUCAUUUAACACACCCUUUGGUUGAGCAUUCUUCUUUUUAACCUACUAUACUAAAGUAAAUUGAUCAGUUUGGUUUCUAUUUAUAGGAAAAAGACUUCAUAUGUGCUUGCGUGUGCACACACACACACACACACACACAAAAUUCUUUCAUUAAGAAAGGUCAUUACCAUACAAAUUAUAAUUAUCCUUUAAAAUCAAUGGCCAUCAUUUAUUAUGAUGAGCAUACAUGUUCCUGUUUAUGUUUUGAAGCAUGGCUAACAAAACGCGGCACCGGGCCUGUGACUUGGUUGGGUUGCUCCCUGUGGCCCGCACUGGUCUCUGAAGUGGGUGGUAGACAAACAUUCAAAUUCACUCCCAUGCUCACCAACAGCUGGGCUCUGUGCAACAGGGAACCUUUUUAAGGAAACCCAAUAAAAAUGGUGUGUUAGAACAGUUCCUCAUUUCUCUUUUCUGUUAAUAUUUACUAGCCCAUAUCAUGCUUUAUCCGGCAACAAACUCUGUGUACCUGUAGAAAAUGUAAACAACAGUAUCAUAAGUACACAGAGCCGGAAAAAUAACAUAGCCUGACCUAUUUCCUUCUUCCUGGUGGCACCCCCCAGUGGGGACAUCUUUGAUCCACCUCAGUUUCUUUUGAAUGGUUUUCUACUUUUGUAGUUUUAGUUAGUGUUUUCUGUUUGUUUAUUUGUUUUGUUUUGUUGUUUUUUGUUCAAACUAAACCUUUUCUUCCUAGCUCUACCCAGUUAACAACACAGACAUAAUUAUGGCUAUCAGUCUUAUAGUUUUUGAAACUUUAGCCUCUAGAAUUCUAUAAUUAAUAUAGAGAAACUCUACCACAUUUUAGGAGUUCUGAAACUGAAUAAUAUUUUACUUCAUAGGCUGCUUAGAAGAGCUGCAGUUAUAACAGCUAUAACCUGUUGUUAACAUCGUUCAUUAAAUUUGCUUCGUGUAUUCAUUAAAAGCCUUGAUGACAGUUACUGCAAGCAUUCCACUAGGUUUCUAAUAUGGAAAGUCAUGGUGCAUAUCCAACCAGAUGUUGACUAUUGAAGACAACAUCUGGUGUCUUUGCUAAGGUCAAGGUGCUCCUAUUAAGAAGCAGAACCAAUAAGCAAAAAACUAGAGGCUAGAGGUAUGACUCAGAGGUUAGAAAUACUUGCUGUCCUUGCAGAGGACCUGAGUUCAACCUCCAGCACCCAAUGUAGGCAAUUUACAACCAUCUCUUAGCUCCAGUUUCAGGAGAGCUG